AAAUACCAUCGUCAUUUUUUUUUUCUCCACCCCUGAUCCGAUCACCGUGACUUGCAGAGGAAGAAGGAGAUGGCUCUGAACCCCCAGCUCUUCCCCAACGGGAUGCCAGUCCCAUUCGUGGGCGAGAUGUUCGUACUAGCUCGGGACGGCGUCGAGUUCGAGGUCGACAAGAUCCCAGGAUCUGGUAGUGGCCAUGUCAAAGCAAAGGGAAUUAUCUACAUAUCAAAUGUGCGCAUUGUUUUUGUAUCAAAAAAGCCUGUCGGGAACUUCAUAGCUUUUGACAUGCCCCUGCUACACAUCCAUGAAGAAAAGUUCAACCAGCCAAUUUUUCACUGCAACAACAUUUCUGGAAAAGUGGAGCCUGUCAUCCCAGAAGAACAUCAUAGGGCUCUUUACUCCACCCAUUCCUUCAAGAUCUUAUUCAAGGAAGGCGGUUGUGGAACCUUUGUACCCCUUUUCUUGAACCUGAUACAAUCUGUGCGACAGUAUAAUCAACACUAUGCUGCUGCCACCGAGGCUGCGCCUCACCUCGACCCGCUUCAAGCAGCUCAGACUCCUGUCGACGAGAUGAUGCGUUGCGCGUACGUGGAUCCGAAUGAUCCAACGAGGAUAUUCUUACAGCAGCCCACAUCUGAGUCUCAACUGCGGCGCAGGACCUACCACCAGCCUGCAGAAAACGCCCAUUAGUUGGCCUUUUUUAAGGUACAUGCCAUAAUUUGUUAUGAUAAUAAAUGUUAAAUAAUAUGGUGUGUAGAUAUAUAAUUAUUCAAAUGUUUAAGCUGACAUAAGUUUUAUAUGGAUGCACUUGUUAUGUUUGUUUGUUGAUGGCGUGAUAGUUGAUUUUUUAAA